AUGAGCGUCGCCCAAACCAGUCCUGGUGUCCCCUUCCAUCAACUCAUUUUAGGGCGCUGCCCGACAGGCCUUGGCAUCACCUCUUUCUCCAAGGUAUUGCCCACGUCCUUGGGGUUUGCAGCCAACACCAGCACCAGCCUGGCGCCUACUCCUACUGGCGCUACUUGGCUUGCUGGUGUUGCCCAGCAGCCUGUUGACGCCGCCUGGCUCGCUCUUGUUCUAGCCCACUCCAGCAGUAGCUUCAACACUAUUAGCGCUACCCACACGCCUAGUGGCGCCGCUGUCUAG